GUCCUCUAUAUGUUUAAUGUUUUUUAGUUUUAAAUCGCUAAAAUGGCUACAAAAUUGAACGUUAACAUUCGGACACUGCUUACCAACUGUGAGGAGCUCGCUAAGAGUGAAGACAAUUUUUGGCGCCUGCAAAAAUUCAUUAAGUCCCUCGAUACAAUGAUUGCUGAGCUGGUGGCAAUGGAAGACCCGCAAAGUGCAGCUAAAAUACCGAGCUACACAGAUCGAGUAGCUGCUUUAAAGCUGGCCACAAAUUACACAGACCACACCCAAAACAAUGCGUCGGGAGGGGCUCGCAAUAGCAACGAAGCUGGCGAAAAUGCACUAAAGGAGAUACGCCAGAUACAGGACACUAAGCAAUACAAUGAACUGCGGAAGGAUCUGCUACAAGAUGGGGACUCAUUGCGGCGGCGACGUGGCCCCGAUAAUGCAUUGGGGGCCAACUCGGCAGCGACGACGACUGACAAUAUGAACGAGGCUGUCAAGUAUUACAAUAGUGCUCAGGAGAAAAUUACCGAACACAUGCUCUCACUGACACGCAACCUGAAGGAGCAGACCGAGACUGCGAAUCGUAUAAUAAGACGCGAUACAGAAGUGGUGUCUCGAUCAACGGGUAUGGCAGAUAGGAAUAUCAACUCACUUGGCAAGGAGGCAGAAAAGUUGGAACAGCAUUCGCGCAAGGCCUAUAAAUGUUGGCUGUGGCUAAUGAUAGUCUUCGUUAUUGUGGUUUUUAUUGGUAUGGUACUUUUUAUGAAAAUAAUGAAAAAGAAAAAAACGUAAAACUAUUGGAAGCUGUUGAUAAUAAAAAUAAAAUCAGAUUAAAUCAAUAUAAAAUAAAACUUGUGGAAUACUUGUACAAAUACAGUGAACGUUUAAAUACUAAA